AAAACAGAAUUUGUUGAGUCCACUCAUACUGGCUUUCCAGAGGCAAGUGUUUCUCUGCAGGGGAAGACAAUGGCUCACAGUUUCUGCUUUUUGUCGGACUUUUGGUUUCCCAACAGUGGCAGUUUUGAUACAUGACAGACAUCACAAAACAGCCUUUCUCUAUGACUUUUUUCUUUAGUACUUCCUCUAUUUCUUGGGGGUGGGGAAGUACAGAAGAAACUGACACUGAAACAUCGGAAAAAAAGAUCUCUGAGGCCUUGCAGAGGAGUCUUGAUUCACACAGGGAGAAAUGCUUUGACCAGGCUCAUCCCAUUCAGUCAAGAACUGCCUAAGAAGCAGAGGAACAGAGCUUAGCCAUCUGGAUUUAGGAAGCUGAAAAGCAUGUCUCUUCCCCGACAGCUGCGAGAAAAGAGUGAUUUUGACCAGCUUCCAGAUGAUGUACCUGUUUCAGCUAACAUUGCAGAUAUAGAAGAAAAGAAAGGCUUUACUAAUUAUUAUUUGUUUGUCAUUGAAGUAAAGAUUAAAAGUGGUGGUAGAUACCUGAUUUUCCGACGCUAUCGCCAGUUCUAUGCCCUGCACAGCAAACUAGAGGAGAGAUAUGGGGCAGAGAGCAAAAACAGCCCUUUUACCUGCACACUCCCCAUAUUGCCAGGGAAGGUUUAUGUUGGGGCCAAAAAAGAAAUUGCAGAGAACAGGAUUCCUAUCCUAAAUGUCUACAUGAAGAACCUACUCUGCCUACCCGCUUGGGUGUUGAUGGAUGAAGAGGUACGGCUGUUCUUCUACCACUCAGAUUUUGAUAGUGAACAGGUGCCUAGAAGACUGAGACGGCUUCGCCCACGGACACGCCGAGUUAAAAGCAUUUCACCCGAACUGCCUGUUUUGGACCGGGUGGCAAGUCCUCGGGCUGAGGCACUAUUUGAUUUUGCUGGAACCAAUAAACUAGAGCUCAGCUUUAAGAAGGGAGACUUGAUCUAUCUUCUCAGCAGAGUAAACAAAGACUGGUUGGAGGGAACAGUUAAUGAUACCACUGGGAUUUUCCCAUGUGCUUUUGUGAAAAUCAUAAAAGAUUUACCACAGCAGGAAGACACAGUGAAUAAAGUACGCUGUUAUUACCAUGAUGAGACAGUAAGCACUAUCAGGGAUAUCUCAGUGGAAGAGGACCUGAGCAGCAUUCCAUUAUUCAACGAUCUCAUGGAAUUGAUAAGGCAGGAGUUUGGCCAAGAUGACAUUGUUCUGAAUUACCGGGACCUUGAUGGUGAUCUGAUCCGGCUGCUCUCCGAUCAGGAUGUUGAGCUCAUGGUGUCUCAGAGCAGGAGAAAGCCCUCAGAGAAGCAUAUCUUCCCUUGGAAAUUGCAUAUCACUCACAAAGAUGACUUCAGCGUCUACAACACAAGUCCAGGAAUGGGUGCUAUUUAAACAGAGCAACAAGUGCUGUAGUGUAGCAGUUCCUGCAGGUAGCUACAUUGUCCUUCAGUAAUCCUCAGCAGCUUCCUUUAGCAAGACUUUGAAGUGAGCUUGAAAAGAGUAUCAGCAGUAUAUUGUCUU